GGCAAAGAGGUGAAGAGCAGCCUGUGCUGUCCCCCCACCAUCCUCCUCCCUCCAUCCUCCUUCCAAUCGGGGCCUUGACAACUGCGACUUUCUGGACCUCCUACCAAUCCUCUGGCUCAUUCCUUUCUUUCCUCCUUCUUCUUUUUGACUGUUCUUCUUUUGAAAAGCGAAACCCCCCGGUUACUAGGAAAAAGACGACAAGCAGCCUCCCCUGGGGACUUUGAGGACCGUUCAGAUCAGGCGAUCACCUAGAAGGAUGUUCAAGUGCUGGUCAGCUGUUCUGUUUGUCGGAUGCAUUUUUCUGGGAGCUGAAGGGAGGCCAACCAAGGAAGGAUAUGGAUUUAAAUCCUAUCAACCGCUAGUAAGAUUGCGGCACAAGCAGGAAAAAAGUCAAGAAAGUUCAAGAAACAAAGGAUACCUGGGUCAGGAUGGUCCUCUUGCAUCUUGUGAAAAUAAAUAUUGUGGAUUGGGAAGGCUCUGUGCCAUAAACAGAGAGACGGGGCAAGCCGAGUGUGUGUGCAUGGAACACUGCAAGCCACACUACAAGCCCGUGUGUGGCUCGGAUGGAGAAUUUUACGAAAACCACUGCGAAGUGCACAGAGCCGCCUGCCUGAAAAAAGAAAAGGUCACCAUUGUUCACAAUGAAGACUGCUUCUUCAAGGGGGACAAAUGCAAAACUACUGAAUACAGCAAAAUUAAAAACAUGCUCUUGGAUCUACAAAAGCAGAAGUAUGUUAUACCACAAAAUGAGAAUCCUUUUGAAGAUGAAAUACCCCUGAAGAAGACACUGGUGGAUCAGAUGUUCAAAUAUUUUGAUGCUGAUAGCAAUGGACUUGUGAAUAUUAAUGAACUGACUCAGGUAAUAAAACAGGAUGAGCUUUGGAAGGAUCUAUCUGACUGUACUCUGUUCGAUCUGCUGAAGUACGAUGAUUUUAAUUCUGACAAGCACCUAGCUCUGGAAGAAUUCUAUAGAGCAUUUCAAGUUAUCCAACUGACUCUACCAGAAGAUCAGAAAGUUAGUGUCACUGCGGCCACAGUUGGACAAAGUGCUGUCCUAAAUUGUGGCAUUCAGGGAGACCUGAGACCUCCAAUCAUAUGGAAACGGAACAGUAUUGUUCUAAAUAACUUGGAUUUGGAAGACAUCAAUGAUUUUGGGGAUGAUGGAUCCUUGUACAUUACCAAGGUCACCACAACUCACAUGGGGAAUUACACCUGCUAUGCCGAUGGUUAUGAUACACUCUAUCAGACACACAUCUUUCAAGUGAAUGUCCCACCAGUGAUCCGGGUGUAUCCAGAGAGCCAGGCGAGGGAACCGGGUGUAACGGCCAGUCUCCGCUGUCAUGCUGAAGGCAUCCCCAACCCCCAGCUGGGGUGGCUGAAAAAUGGCAUUGACAUCACUCCAAAGUUAUCCAAGCAGUUAACCCUUCAAGCAAAUGGCAGUGAGGUGCACAUCAGCAACGUGCGCUAUGAAGAUACAGGAGCAUACACUUGUAUAGCGAAAAAUGAAGCGGGCGUUGAUGAAGACAUCUCUUCCCUCUUUGUAGAAGAUUCUGCUAGAAAGACCCUUGCCAACAUAUUGUGGAGAGAAGAAGGUCUGGGUAUUGGGAACAUGUUCUAUGUUUUUUAUGAAGAUGGAAUCAAAGUGAUACAACCAAUAGAAUGUGAGUUUCAGAGGCAUAUUAAACCCAGCGAAAAGCUCCUUGGACUUCAGGAUGAAGUUUGUCCUCAAGCCGAGGGGGAAGCAGUUCAACGAUGUGUAUGGGCAUCAGCUGUUAAUGUCAAAGACAAAUUCAUUUAUGUAUCUCAACCAACUUUGGACCGAGUUCUCAUUGUUGAUGUUCAAUCACAGAAAGUUGUGCAGGCAGUUAGCACAGACCCCGUUCCAGUGAAAUUGCAUUAUGACAAAUCACACGAUCAGGUGUGGGUGCUCAGCUGGGGAGAUAUGGAAAAGACUUCACCAACUCUACAGGUAAUAACACUGGCCAGCAGCAGUGUUUCCCACCACACCAUCCAUACCCAGCCAGUGGGAAAGCAGUUUGAUAGAGUGGAUGACUUUUACAUUCCUGCUACAACUCUCAUCAUCAACCACAUAAGGUUUGGACUUGUACUUCAUAAGGAUGAACCCGUCCUCCAGAAGAUUGACCUUGAAACCAUGUCAUACAUUAAGACAAUUAGCUUGAAGGACUACAACUGCAUUCCUCAGUCCCUGGCUUAUACCCACCUUGGAGGUUAUUACUUCGUCAGUUGCAAGCCUGACAGCACCGGAGCUAUUGCACCACAGCUCAUGGUGGAUGGCGUCACGGACUCAGUCAUCGGCUACAAUGGGGAUGUUAUGGGCACUCCCUACGUUUCUCCCGAUGGGCAUUUCCUCAUCAGCAUCGAUGACAUCAAAGGGCUGAUGAGGAUCCAGUACAUCACCAUCCGAGGAGAAAUACAAGAUACCUUUAAUAUUUAUACCAAUCUGCACCUCUCAGAUGUGGCAUUUCAACCAUCGUUUACCGAAGUCCACCAAUACAAUGUCUAUGGGAGCUCCAGCACACAAACAGAUGUGCUCUUUGUUGAGCUCGCCUCUGGAAAGGUUAAGAUGAUUAAAAGCCUUAAGGAACCUCUAAAAGCAGAAGAGUGGGUUUGGAGCACGAAGAACCGGUUAAUCAAAGACAGCGGCCUCUUCGGACAGUAUCUGAUGACCCCUUCCAAGGAAUCCCUCUUCAUCCUAGAUGGACGUCUAAAUAAGUUAAACUGUGAGAUCACUGAAGUAGAGAAAGGAAACACAGUCAUUUGGGUUGGAGAAGCCUAAAAACCAGACUAGCUAACUACUGAAUGAAUAGUUUUUUCAGUACAUUGCACUUAACACAUUCUUUACAUUUACACUCUUUUCCUUUGAAAGGUUUGUGCCCUAGAAUAUCUGACAUGUUAUUUGGUUGGUCCAAUGCGUUAAAGAUUCCAAUUUGGGAAAAAUCUUAAAAAUUGUGAUUGACCCAAUAUGGAUUUCUUGCUGCUCCCACUGAGGACACAUCACUUAACAAUAUCCGAAUUGAGAAAUUUCCCUGAUCACAAGCAAAAAUUAAAAAUUAAAACAAGUCUAUAGUUAUAUUGUAAACUGGAGACCUAAAGGAUUUUUUCAAGAAGUUCAAAAUGGCUAAUCCGCAGGGAAUUUCAGAUGAUAAACUCCAUUCCAUGUAGUGGGUGGUGAUUUGAUUUUGUUUUUCUCUUUUAGUUUGUUCAAACCAGAAUAAAAGGUGUUGAACAACCUUAGAAUUCUUAAAUCCAAACAUUCUGUCCUGUCUACUGUUUUAUAAUCUUUUUGUGCCUUGAAGGGAAGUCUCACGAGGAAAGUGAAGAAUAGAAGCUGUAUAAUUCAUUUCCAGUGUGGCUACAGAUGGUUUGUCAAGGAAAAGAGAAGCAUUAAGUGUUUCAUGGGCUAAAUACUGCCUUCAGUCAUUUGUUCGGCCCUCAGUGAAAUGUCAUUUGAAGGCCUAAACUGGUUUUAGGAUGUGAGCAAGUAACCCAAGGUAGAACUUGAAAAAGAGUUUCUAGCCUGCAGUAAGCUACAGAAAACUCUGCGUACGGGGUAGAAAAAAAAGUGAAAUAUUUGCGAUCUCUUCCGUACUUAUAUAGUUCUCAGUCACUAGACUUUGGUUCAUUUUUAUUGCAGGUUUUAGUUGGAAUCCCAACAACUAGUCAUAGAAUUCCCCUUAUCCGCAGCAGAAAUCAAUGUUAGUUUGGUGAGGGGUUUUCCUGGUAGCCCAGGACUGCAUCAACAGGGAGUUUCUAUUCUUCUAAAGAGCAACAUGACAUAUAUUUGCUUAGAGCAAACCAUCUGAGAUGAUACUGACCUUAACAAGAGGACUGGUUUUACAUCAGUCUUAGAAGAAUUAGAAAUAUGAUGCAGAGAAUGCUACAGUUGUGAUACUAGUUCGUUGUCUCUGCUAUGUCACCCUAUUUCAUCAAAGCCCUUUUGGUCCUCUCUUCUUAUUGAGUGGACCAAUUUCUUAUCCAACCCUCAACUAAACUCCCAACAUAUUGCUUUCCUUUAAGAAAGGUUCCUGCCCUCACUUAGGACAUUGCAUACAAAUUUAAGUAGAAAUGGAAACGCUCCCCAAAUGGAAGUAAUCAUAUAGCCAGUGGAGUGGAAAGAAUAGAGGCCUGGUCUAUUGAAGUAAGCAGAUAACUAUCCAGAAUUUCAGUGAGUGUAUGCAAUGUUUGGGGAGUAACGUACUCAAUUUUAUUUUGUGAAAGAGUGCUUAUGGGCUAUUGAACUGACCUCCAUUUACUAAAGGCAGUCAGAAAAAAGGUCUUUUUUUAAAUAAAAAAAAAAAAUACUCCAGUUUAGAUUGUGUAAAACUGCUUAGAAAUUUGAAAUUUUAUAUUGUGUAAUCUCUUGUGUGUAUAUAGCAUCCUGCGCUGUGUGGAUACAGUAGAUCUCUUUAGCUUGAAGGAACUUCCUGGGAGAUAGAUUUAAUACAUACAGAAAUAUGCUUAUGUUUCUAGUUCCUGAAUCUGCUUUCCCUUUUAACACUUUUUCCUCAUUGUGAACAAGAACCAUGUAAACUGUCUGUUUCUUAAUGAUUUACAGUAGGUCUGUCUCACAUUUUUCUUCUGUAACUUACACCAUGUGGAUGUUCUGUACGUAGAAAAUGCUUGACAAAGGAGAAUAAACCCCUUACAUUUUAAA